UAUUUCACGUUUAAAGUUCGUACGUGCGCUACGACCGGACUGUACGACCGGAGUGUUGCCACAGCCACAAAGCAAAAUAAGCGUGUGUGCCCCGCGUGUCAAUCGAAUACCCCCAAAAAGCAAAAAUAAAUUAAAAUAAAUCCAUAAAACAUAAAAAAAAAAUAAAAUAAAUAUUUUUUAAAUCAUUUAUUGUGUGAUGUUUGUUCUAUAACAUGGUGCUUUAUCAUAAUCUAGACUGAGUCUUAAACCAAUACGUUAUAUACACGAGAAGAAACAUAUUCAAGAGAAAUUUAUUCUUUUGUUUGUUCGGUGGAAAUCUUUGGAAUAACACAACCCGCAACCCACACCCCUAUGCCCUAUACUCUAUGAGAAAUCGGUUCCAGAACACCAACUGUCAGAGGCGCAAAACCCAAUCCAAACAUACACGUACGUGCCUCAUCAUAAAACGCGCCCUCAACGAGUGGCAUCCAAGCAAAACCACAAACCAAAAACGGCCAAGCCAAAGAAAAAAUAAUAAAAAUCCAUAAAUAAAAAAAUUAAAACACAACAAAUAAAGAGGAAAAAAAAUAAAUAUAAGAAAUUAAUUCCAUUAGCUAAAAGUGUAAAUUCUUUUUAUAUAUAUUAUUAUUGUAUUUCGUGUAGCAUUUUUGCAUUAUAUAUAUAUUUGGCGCGUAAAAUACACAAUACAAAAAGUGUUGAAAACAAAAAUCAAAAAUAAAUGUAAAAGCGAGUUAAGGCAAUUAUAAUACUUAAUGAAUUUAUUACACAAUUAAAGCAGAGCGUUAAUAAUAAUCAGCAAAGGCAACAGCAACAGCAACAAAUUAAUAUGCCACUGGCGUGAAAGUCACAAUUCGUUCCCCUACCCCGCCGACGAAUUGAAUUAUUAAUGAAAUCAAAUUGCAAACAAAGGCCAGCGCACAGCAAUAAAAAUUGCAGAUUAUAAUACAAGCAAAAAAAAUACAACAAAAAAUACAACAAAUAAUUAAAUAUAAAUCAAGAAGAGCCGCGGUACGGCGAACGGUACGGCUUAAUCAGCGAAAAGUCAGCGGAGCAUCAUCGGAGUUUAGGCAGCAGCACAAGCAAGCAGCGUUUGGAAAUUUAUUGCAAACGAGGCGCAGGCGCCGCUUUUCACACGAGUUGGCACCAGCAGCAGCAGCAGCAGCACACGCCAUACAUAAAUUGGCAUUUACCGUUAAGCGUGCUGCCUGCUUCCCUUGCCACUCUACCACUCUGCGGUCUGGCUGGCAUACACACCGCACCGCACCGCACCACAACUGCACACCGCAUCGCAGCGCACCAUAGUGCUGCUGCACCACACACAACUCAACACCUCCAACACCGCCGAAUCACCAAAGAAAAGCCGUCAAAGUGGAUUUAACAAAUUAUAAUAAAAUGCUGCAAUCCAGCAAUCAUCAUUAUUUAAGGCCGGAUUAUAUGACAGCUGCAACAGCCCCAACAGCGCUGGACAACAAAAGCAGUCCAUUGGCGCUAUUGGCGCAAACAUGCAGCGCCAUUGGAGCGGACACCACAAAUCCCAAGCUGCUGGCGGCCAAUAUUGAAAAGGCCACAAAGCAACAGCAGCCAAAGGGUGGUGGAGGAGGCGGCAAUGGUGGCGGUGGUGGCAGCAACAACUUCGGUAUGGGGGAUAACAACGCACGCGAUAAAUCCUCGCCGGUUAGCAGUCAUUCAUCCAGCGUCAGCACCGGUUCUGUGGAGCAGCAACAGCUGCCGCCGGCACACAGCAGUAAGACCCCAAGCACCUUCAAGCCCUACGAGCCCAACAAUAACCAUACCACCAUCACCGCCAAUGCCACGAACAUUGCCACCGAUUGCGGCGCCACAAAUCUCACCAACAGCGGCAACGGCAACGGCAACGGCAAUGGGCAACAACAGCAGCAACAGCAGCAGCAGCGUGUAAAGACGCCCAAAACGACGGCAAACGGCCAGAGAUGCGAUUCGAACCAAAGUGCCAGCUCUCACAGAGAAUCGCCCACAGCUGGCGGGGCACGAGACUCCCUAAGACGUACCCCCAACUCAUCAUCAUCAGGUGGCGGGGGUGGUGGUGGUGGUGCAGCCCCUGGCCAACUGAAUGGCAGUCCCGGACUACCCUCAUCGUCUGCCCCCUCCGGACGCAGCAAUUCCAAAGAGUCGGCAGCAACAAUGCACAGCCCCAGUGCAGCAGCCCAUGCCCAUGCAGCAGCGGCCCAGGCCCAGGCUCAGGCCAGCUCCAAUCGCCUCCAGGAGGCGGCUAUGGCCGCUGCCAAGGAAGCCAACUAUGUGAAAGCUCUACAUGCAGCCAGCCAGCAAGGACAGGCCUCGGCAGCAGCAGCAGCUGCUGCUGCAUCCUAUUAUCCUCCAGGCUAUGGCAGUCCUUAUCCCAUGGACCUGAUGACCGCCAGCUCGCUGAUGUCACCCCAUCAUGCCAUGUUCAAGGCGUCGGCCAUGAAUCCAUAUCUGAAUUAUGCCCGGCUCAAGGGUCUGUCGGAACAGUCGAUGAUGGCGGCCACACCGAAUGUGUGCCGGGAUCCCUACUGCACCGGCUGUCCGGCCAGUCCGCAUUAUAUCAACAAGGCGGCCGGUCAGCCCUGCCCAGCCGGCUGUCCGCAGUGUGAGGUGUCGGGCGGUGGCUCGGGUGGCAGUAAAUCGGGUGGACAACAGGGCUCGAGUGGUUCCUCGAAUGCGGCAGCAGCGGCGGCUGCAGCGGCCGCCCAGUCAUAUCACGCCCAAUUGGCCGCCCUGGCCGCCGCCUCACAGAUGCCCUAUGUGUGCUCGUGGAUUGGCAGCGAUGCGGCCUACUGUGGCAAGCGCUUUGGCACCUCGGACGAUCUGUUCCAGCAUCUGCGCACGCACACAGCCUCGGUGCCCGAUGCGGUGCUGAGUGCGGCGGCAGCCGGCGGCAUACCGCCCAAUCAUCCGUUGUUCCAGCGCACAUAUCCGACGCCACCGCUGAGUCCGCUGUCGGCGGCACGCUAUCAUCCGUAUGGAAAACCGUCGAUGAUGCCGCCAUCGCUGGCACCGCCCGGCAUGCCGGGUCUGCCACCACAUCCAGCAUUGGCCCAGUACUUUGCCCCAUAUUCGUUAUACGGUCCGCGAAUGGGUUCAUCGCAUCCGUAGUUGUUGGAGCGUGAGGGUGGGUCGGGAACGGGAUCGGGAA